GAAGCUGAUCUGAGUAUUGAUGAAACUAAGAAACUGCCAUUUACAGAACUAAAUUUCAUUCUUGAUGCUUGCCGCCAGAGAUGUCUGGACCAUGCAUUAAGGUAUUAAAACAAUAAAACCUUAAUUUCUAUUCCACCCACUAAAGAAAUUGUGAACAACUAUAUGUGGAAUUGUUUUUACAUGCAUAUAAUCAGUGACAAAGGAAGCUUAAUAGGCAAUUCCAGCUACAGACUAAGUUUUGAUCUAGGCAAGGAGGACAAAAUCCAUCACCACAGCUAAAAAGAGCAUGUUAAAAUUAGUACAAUUGCAAAGUUUGGUUGCGAAAUGUUGUAAAAUCAGGAACAUAUGUCAUAAAGCCCUGUGAAGUUCGCAAAUUUUGUAUAGAUUUGUAUUACGCGCGUGAAAAAUAAUCAUUUUUGAGCCGAAAGUGGUUAUUUUUACCGCGCGUAAUUCAAAUCUAUACAAAAUUUGCGAACUUCACAGGGCUAUAUUUUCCUCAUUUUACAACAUUUCGCAACCAAACUUUGCAAUUUUACUAAUUUUAACAUGCUCUUUCUAGCUGUGGUGAUGGAUUUUGUUCUUCUUGCCUAGAUCAAAAUUUAGUCUAUAGUAUAGCUGGAAUUGCCUAUUGGAGCCUAGUUGAUAUAAAGUAAAUUAAAUCUCUAUGUUAGUUGGGUCCCCUAUAAUCUGUGCAUCGGGUAUAUGCUAAAGGUAUGCCUAGAAUAACAAUUAACCUUCCAAAAGGGUGCCCUCCUUACCAUUGUCCCACAGCCCAAUCCCCCCCCCCCCCAUCCCCUCCCCUCAGAGCUACAAUUCUGACAAGCUAAUAUGUUAUACAUGUUGUAUGAAUACAUAGUUGGUGUCAAGACCACAGGCCACAAUUAGAAGAGAAAGGCAGCUUGCUGGAAUUUAAACUUCAUAGAUUAAAAUACAUUAAUCUAUUGGUAGAAGGGAAUAUUACAGCUGCACUUCGUUAUGCUAACAACUUUGUACCAUUUUCAAAACAAAAUUCAAAAGGUUGGUAUCUUAAUUAAACGCACCAUGUGUUAUUUUCCUAGCAUCUUAAUAAGCUAACUACAUGUAAUGUUGCAGAUUUACCCAUUAACUAUCAUAAGAAGAAAAUUGAACUUUCCGUUAAUGGACAACUUGCAUGUUAGACUAAAUUUUAAUCUAAGCAUAGAAAAGGGAAUCAAACACCACAGCUAAAAAGAACAUACUGAAAUUAGUAAAAGUGCAAAAUUUGGCUGCGAAAUGUUGUAAAGCUUGGAAAAUAUAGCCUUGCAAAGUUUGCAUAUUUUCAUUAUAUUUCAUUACGAGCGGAAAUUGUUACCAUUUUCGGCUCAAAAUUUUCCGCACGUAAUACAAAUAUACUGAAAAUAUGCAAACUUUGCAAGGCUAUAUUUUCCAAGCUUUACAACAUUUCGCAACCAAAUUUUGCAAGUUUACUAAUUUUAAUAAGUUCUUAACGGGAAUUUACUUUUUUUUUUGCCUAGAUCGGUUAGAUCAAAAAUUUGUCUAACAUGCAAGUUGUCUAUUGUGUUUUUGAAUGUUAAAACUGAACUCUCACCAUUAUACAAAGAAUGAAUGUUUAUGAGUGCAAUGGUAAAAAUAUUUUCAUGAGGUGAAAGAUGGAAUGUUCCAUUCAAUGAGGCGACAGCCGAGUUGAAUGGAACAUUCCAUCUUUCACCGAAUGAAAAUAUUGUUACCAUUGCACGAAUAAACAUUCAUUAUUUGUUUUUUAUAAUACCAAAAUAGAGCUUUUUCAAGAACAGUUUAUUAAAACACCAUUUAAUAUUAAAAUAAAUGCACACAUUUUGACGGAUGCGAUUUAUCGAAAACACAAGAGUGCAAUGGAAUAAAACGUAUAGUACAAUUGCACUCGCAAAGAGUGCAAUGGAACGUAUUCCAUUGCACUCUUGGGAAAUGGAAUUUUCUAUUCAAUAUCACGUGACCAUAAACAGCCAAUGAAACAAUCAGAAUUCAAUAAGGUAUUAUAUGAAAUUGGUUAUUAUAGAUUUCCUACAUGGUAAAUUAAUAAAAAAACAUGUUUAAUAUCUACCAUCAAUGGUACUUUAUUUGUGUCCUGUGCACAGGAAAAUACCAUUAGUGCUAAAUAUUAAACAUCAUGGUUUUUACAAAUUUACCAUAUAAGAAAUCUAUAAUAACCAAUAAUGGUAAGAGUUUAGCGUAGUAGUAGUGCCUUCCACGCGCGGGUGAGUUGCAGGCUGUUGUCAAUUUGUGGGCUAUCUGUUUCGGAAAAUAUCCGAACUAGGCCGGUCAACCUGCAAACCUUGUCAAAUACUACCCUAAUUGGCCUAAAAUAGUAAGGCGGAAGCGAAAGGCGAUGGAACUAGGCUGAUAAGAGGGCAGUUUUUAUAUUGAUAGUAUACAUGGUAGCCUAGGCCUUUACUCGGCUGGCUUUGGCAAGUUUGGUCAAUUUCAGGCUAGCAUUUGGUAAGUAUUGCGAUGGUGUUUCGCUUUCGCUCUUUUCCUCCGCCCCGCCCCCAAAUCGGUUAGGUCCCAGUCUAUCUAAAUAUUAAAACAAUAAAAAUAAAAAUAGAAGGUCUACUGUAGGUCUAGGCUGUAUACUGUACAUGGUAAAUAAAACAUUAAAAACCAUUCAAGAACCGAUUAAUGGAAAAUUUUUCCUGUGUAUCCCUAAUCACUUUCAGAAAUCCAACAGUUAAUGGCGUGUUUAGCAUAUUGUAAAUCAGGUCUUGAAAACUCUCCUUAUGCAAACUUGCUGGAUCCUGUACAUUGGAUAGAAAUAUGUGAAAUAUUUACCCGUGAUGCUUGUGGUUUGCUGGGAUUAUCAUUAGAAAGUCCUCUUGAGGUGUGUAUUUCAGCUGGGUGUCAGGCAUUGCCGUCGUUACUACAGAUAAAACAAGUCAUGCAACAGAGACAAUGUUCUGGCGUGUGGACAUCUAAAGAUGAACUACCUGUAAGUAUCUUGUUGAAAUUUGAAUGUUGGGUUCUAGUGUAGUUAGCGAUGAACAACGCGCUUGGUUGAAUGAUAGUCUAACUCCCUGCUGCCGCAGGCAGAUUUAAUGAAGGAGAAGUACAGACCAUGCAGAGAAAGCCCUCGAAGUACAGGAGAGAGCCUACUAAUCUGAACAAGUUCAUAAAAGUAAAACUAUCUGACCGAAGUAACAAAAAAAUUACAAUAUUUAGUCAGGGGAUCCACUCACAAAAGUGAUUUUCAGUGGAGCCCUGCUAAAAAAAUAAAACUAACAAAAGUGAAUGUAUGAAAGGUUAUAUAGUAUAAAGUUUUUGCGCAUCCUAUCAGUUCAGUAGAGUGUCCUAUGUAGCUAAAUGUUUCUUUAGUUUAGUUUCAAAAGUUUUAAUUUGACAUAUAUUCCGGAGUUCCACAGGCAGACUGUUCCAGUCGUUGGCAGCAUGGUAGCUGAAUGCCUGCUUCCCCCAGUUCUUCUUGACGAGUUUUAUCACCCCACACAAAAUCAGCGUGGUCAAAGAUCGGCAUGACAAGGCUGUUUACUAGAUUACGAUGAAGUACUGAAAUCGACUUGGAGCCGGUUGUACACUUUUACGAUUCGAAUUAGGCUGGAUAGCGCUACCCACCGGGUAGUGAUUUUUUCAAAAUUCAUAGAAAUGCCAAAAACAUGUGAAACGACCGAUUUAAUCUUGGUUAUAGUAUUCAACGGUCAAUUUUAGAAAGGUUGAAAAAAGCACUAUCCCAUGGUCAUGGAUAGGUUAACACUAUUUUCCAUCCAGCAAACUGACCUGACGUCAUUUUUGGAAGAUGGAGGAGGUGUUAAAUGGCUAUGUAACUAACCCAAACCCUACCCCUACUCUUACCCCUAACCGCAACCCCAACUCUAACCCUAUUAACCGAAUUAAUAAAAAAAUCCAAAAAGAAACGACUUUAGAAAAUCGAUAGGGCGGUUUGCUGGAUGGAAAAUAGUGUUAACCGCAUGGAUAGCACUAGUACAACCUGCAAAAAUGGCCUUCACUUUUUACAUUUGUCAGCUUGUUAAAUCAUUCAACAAAGUUCGUAAAUAGCUGUAAGUAUUUAGCUAACUUUACCUAAAACUAAAUUAAUCCUACAUAUAUUAGUCUAUAUAAUUUUAUUUAUACUGCAGCUCUUUUCGAUCUAGCCUGAAAGUACACCCAUGCUCACACUGUUUAUUGUUUUUCAGAUUGAGAUUGAUUUAGGUUCAGAACAUCGAUAUCAUUCUCUCUUCGCUUGUCCUAUAUUACGUCAACAAUGUACAGACAGUAACCCGCCACAACGACUGCAAUGUGGUCAUGUCAUAUCAAAAGAUGCUUUAACUAAACUUACCAAUGGCAACAAGUAAGUAACACAGUAUGACCGUAUUUCUUCUCACAAUAUUUUCUCCACUUGUGCCACGGUUUUAAUAAAACCUAAGGGACCUGUCAUUAUUUAUGGCGGGGGGGGGGGGGGGGGGGGUGGCACCGAAGAGAGAACGGUUGGGUAAACAAAAUUUUGAGUAAGUAAAAGGUUGGGUAAAUGAAGAACAAAACAACUCAAGGGUUGGGUAAUAAAAAAUAUUGUCAUUUCCAAAGUGUGACUCACUGAAAUAUUGGAGACUAAAAAGCAUAUGUUAUGUACUGUAAAUACAAUAUGUGAAUCAAUCUGAGUCACUAUCUGUCAUUUUCCGUUAUGUUGGGAAACAAAUGGUGUCUCCAAUUUAGAAACUACAUGUGCAGACAUUAUGAGACUUUAGACGGCAGAACAUUUCACAAUCCGUUAUCAAACUCAUGUCACAGAAGUGGUAAAGGACAUGGUCACAACUGAAUGGUAUCCUUUUGUAAAAUUUUUGGCCAGGGGUUUGUAUUUAUUUUUUAAUUGAUAUUUGAGGUUGGGUAAUCAAAUUUUUGACUUUGUAAUGGUUGGGUCAGCAAAAUUUUUCCCAUGAAAAACAUUUCUCUUCGGUGCCACCCCCCUGCCAUAAAUAAUGACCAGUCCCUAACUGAGAGUAGUUGCGAAAAAUAUUUAGGCCAUGUUACACGAGCUAAUGUUCCUGCUCCAUGUAAAAGUUGGUUUACAUUAUCAAAGUUUCUAUGAUCACAGGAUGGAUUUUGCGUGUAAGUAAAUUCUAAGUUUUGAAGGAUUUGUAAAAAGUGUUUGAGGGAAUUGUUAAACUUCAAAGUCAGUUCCCUCAAACAUUUCUUACAAAUUCUUCAACACUUAGAAUUUACCUGUACAAAAUUCAUACUAAGAUCACAAAAAUUUUGAUAGUGUAAACGAGCGGCCUUAGCACAUUUUUUUCUCCUGAAAAAUGUGUAACUUGUUUUGCGAUGUGCAGUGGAGUUAUAUUUUUCGCAUUGAAUUAUGGAAGAAUUUACCUGAUUGUAAACAACCAAUCAGUCCAGCCUAGACCUAGGCCUUCUAUUUUUAUUAUUUUUUAGUAUUCAGCGCUUUUUCGCAUGAGAAGACUGGUACUUAGGCGAUUUGGGAGCGGGGCGAUACUUACCAAAUGCUAUCCCGAAAUUGACCAAAUUUGCCAAUGCCAGCAGAGUAAAGUCAAAGGCCUAUAGGUCUAGGCUGCAAUCAGUCUAUUUCCUGAUUGGUUGACUUUUAACCGAUGUGAGCCUUGUGUAAUACUCUGCCGCAACUUAUGGGCGUCACACGAAUCAUUGUUACUUUCAAUUUGCAUGCAACGUUGCAAGUCGCAGCAAAAAUUGCCUGUAUUACGUGGCCUUCAGGUCCUUUUAGAACCGAAGAUUUGAAAUAGUUUAACGUAUUAUAGGUAUGUGGCAUGUCAUAAACUCUUUUUCUCUUUUUUUUGUGUUAGGGUCAAGUGUCCAUAUUGUCCAAAAGAAAUGUCACCUAAUGAUGCUCGAGAGCUUCAUUUCUACUAA